CUGGGAUAAUAAACUGUCAAACCAAUUUUGAAAUUGAAAAUGUUGAAUGAAAAAUUAUUAAAAUUUGUAAAAAUUGUUGAAAAUGCAUAUUAUAACAACCUCCGAUUUGCGUCGUAUAAAAAUUUUUUUGAUAAAACAUUCACUGCAAAUUUCAGAUCAUUAAGCUCGUCUCGAAAGAGAAAACAAACACAUAAAUCAUAAAAACAUAUGAUCUUCGCCCUUACAAGGCAAAACUCAAACAUUUUUACAUUUGACAUGACCUAUAUUCUUCUACCAUGAUUACUUUUCACCAUGUAUAUUUGUUUCGUUCCAUAAAGUUGUAAAACAACUUAUAUUCUUACACUAUGAAUAAUUCUUUGGUUUUUUUGGUAUAAAGACGUGUUUUGAUAAUUUUAGAUAAAUACAUUCUUAUAAUUAUUUUCUAGUAAUUUGUACCCACAAGUUAGACAAUCUCCAUAUUUGUAUAUAGACCACAAUAAAUUAAUUUUUUUUCUCCAUAGUUUGUAUAAAUAACUUUUCUUUUGAAAACCGCAGGUAUUUGAGACCAACAUGAUAUUACUCUGAAAAUUCAGCAAAUUUUGUAUUUGAUUUUAAGUGUAUAAACAUCCAGCUCAUUCAUAACGCAAACAUUGAUAAAAUCAAGUUAAUCUUUUUGGAAAAAAAUUUGUAUUGCAAAAUAAUCGAAAUGAAACAAAUUAAUAAUAAUACAAUAAAUCCGCCAAAUAUAACAAUUACAGCAGUUGACUUGGAUGAACAGGAUGGUUUACAACUGAUCCACAGCCAAAUUAAUUCCAAUUCAUGUAUUGGACUUGCCAAUGAACUUAUUAAAAGGCUUGAAAGCAGUGAACAUUUAUCAACCUUGUUCACAUUGCUUCAACUGCUCCAGACUCAAGCUGGAGGUGAUUCAAUAUGGAAAGAAAUCGAAGAAAUUAUCCAAACAGUGGUAAAUCGGCAAAUCCAUAAUGAUCUGAAUCAGGAUAUGAAUUUAGAAACGAAUAGUAAAAGCAUACAGUCGAUCUCAAUGCACACAUCGUUGUCCACGGAAUCGUUGAUAAUUGGAGCGAGUCACGGAACAAAACCUGUCAUUCCUCACAUAUCACCAGCACCACCACCGCCUCCACCAUCUCCAAAUAGCAACAAUCCUUCGCCGCGUCCUGACAGUAUUUCUUCUGAAAUUGAGGAAUUGCUACCGCAACAGAGUCCACCGAAUCCGAACUUAAAAAUGAAGUCAUUAUAUUGGGAUAUAGUAGCGCCUCAAACGGUGCUGGGCCAGAAAAACAUCUGGACUACCAUGGCCAAUAAACACAAGAAAUCUUUUCGACUUCCAAUUGAAUGGCAUAAAGCAGAAUCAUUAUUCUCUGUUCCAUUACCAAUGACCACAAAUACUCUGGAUAGAUCAACAAUCAAACCGCAUUCAACAAAAUUGAAAUUACUAAAUGAUCAGCAUAGUUUUCUCGUUGAAAUAUUCCUCGAACAAUUUAAGGGCUUGAAAACUGAUGAUGAAAUUAUAGAACUUGUUCGUAGCUGCAGACACCAAGUCAUGGGUAUGGAGAAAAUCAAACGUCUAUUAAGACUUUUGUCCGAAAUGGAUGAGCUGGAUAUACUUAGAACGUUCGCUGGCAACCGAAAUCACUUAGUUCGUGCGGAAAUCUUCUUAAUUAAACUAAUCGAAAUUCCUGAUUAUAAACUUCGCCUAGAAUGCAUGGCAUUUAAGGAAGAUUUCAACGAAAAUUUUACACAAUUGCAAGAUUCAAUGAAAAUUGUGAUACAAGCGGCCAAUGAACUUCUAAAUAACAAGGGUUUGCAUGAAAUCUUGUACACAAUAGUGUUGGUGGGAAACUUUUUAAAUUCGGGAAAAUUUGGUGGAAAUGCCAUUGGUAUUAAGUUGUCGUCUUUGCCGAAACUAAGUCAAACACGAGCUAACACCGUCCACAUGAAUUUCUUACAUUUUAUGGUUGAUCAAAUAAAGAGAACGCAGCCAUAUCUAUUACAGUCAUUGAACGAAUUUCGAAAUUUGCAUGAAACUGAUAAAAUAAAUCUAGAACAAAUACCCGUCGAUAUUAAAAAAUUUGAUAGUCUUUUGCAAAGCCUUAAAUCACGACUUGAAUUACCAAACACCAUGUUGGACAUGAAUGGGCAGAUGUUAAAAUCAUUAGAAAAUGAUGAAGCUCAAAUCCAAAAUUUGAAAGAGACUUUAAAAGACGUAGAAGAUAUACGUAUCAAGCUAGCUACAUUCUUUUGUGAACCCUCGUCCACAUUCAAAUUGAAGGACUGUUUUAAAAUUUUUGAAAAAUUUCUAUGGGAUUUGAAACGUGCCGAAACGGAACUCGAAAUCAUUGAAACCAACACCAUAAGUAAGCAGAAGCAAUCGUAUGGAACAAUAGCAACCCCAUCGAAAGGAAAAUCAAAUAUUAAUAUUCACAAUCGCUUUGAAACUGUAAAAGUUGCAAGAAGCAAAGGUUUCAUAAGAGAGGCAAUAGAAUCUGAACAAAGUAACAGGGUGACAUUGAAAACUAAUACAGCUGAAAAGAUAAGUUCUUUGCAAAAGUCGAAAAAAGAAUCUGCAGUUGAUAAAUUCAAGUCAAACAAGGAAGUAUUGCAGAAAAGUGUUUCAAGUAAAAUUCGACAUUAUUCGGAUAUUUCACAGCAGCAUAACUCAGGUAGUGUGACAAAUUUGCCCAGCGCAGCUAAGGAUAAAUCAGCUAUAUCAAAAUGCGAAGAAAUCGGUGUCCAUGUAAUGCCAGUAAACGAGGCAAAAUUGCAAGAAAUUAUUCGGAAAUUAAAACCAGUACCUAAAAAGAACAGUCUAUGGGAUAUACCACGAGAAAAACUAUUACGACACUCAAUUCCAAAGGGACCCAUUACUAAGGAUAAGGACAUUUUUGCAGAUAGAAAGAAGUUUUUUGAAAAUAUUGCCAGCAAAACAGAUAAUGAAAAAACUCAAACACCUAAAUUAACGCUGCAAACAAGAAAAAAAAUCAAUUACAGCUCGCUGAAAGAUACAUCAAACGAGUCGUCGGUAACUGAGCAAGCAAGUGAGGAAACAAAUAUGAACCAAAAGCAUGCAUUUAAUUCAACACCUUCCGAAAUGCCGAACUCCAAAAUAGAGGAAAUAAAUGAAUCGAAAAAGUCUCAGAAUGAAUCAGAUGAUAUGGCUAAAAUGACGCAAAUUGAGGGCAAGUCAUCUUUUCCAAAACGCAUAUUUACCUCAAUUGUAAAAAAAAUUGGCUUUGGGAAAUAAAUUUCAAAAUAACAUCAAAU